GCACCCCGCACAUGCUCACUGGGGCGCCGCGGGAGUCUGGGCAUGUGCAGAGCGGAGCGGGCCGGGCCGUUCGCCGCGCCCGCCGCGCCCCGGGGCCGCGAGAGCCGCCCAAACAUUGCCAGGUGUAGCCGGGAGAGGUGAGGCGGAGCGGGGCGGGAUGAACAGCUCGGACGAGGAGAAGCAGCUGGAGCUGCUGGUCAGCCUGAAGGACCGAGCUAUUGGCGAAUAUGAAGAGCUUAGAGCAGAAAAUAAGAAAACGAAAGAGGAGUGUGACAAAAUCAAGCAAGAACGAGAUGAGGCUGUCAAAAAACUGGAGGAGUUUCAGAAGAUUUCUCACAUGGUUAUUGAGGAAGUAAACUGUAUUCAGAAUCAUCUUGAAAUUGAGAAGACAUGCCGUGAAAGUGCUGAGGCUUUGGCUUCUAAGCUGAACAAAGAAAAUAAGACCUUGAAACGAAUUAGUAUGCUUUAUAUGGCAAAAUUGGGCCCAGAAAUUAUCACUGAAGAGAUCAACAUUGAUGAGGAUGAUCCAUCCACGGAUACGGAAGCCAACUCUGGAUCAUGCAAUUCUGUGCAUUGUCAACAGCAAAUAAAAGAGCUGCGAGAUCAAAUCAUAUCUGUUCAUGAGGAAAAGAAGACCUUAGCCAUUGAACUGGAAAACCUGAGGUGCAAACUUGUAGAAGUAAUUGAAGAAGUGAAUAAAGUGAAAGAAGAAAAGGCUGCUUUGACAACAGAAGUUAAUAAACAGCAAAAACUGUUGGAAAAAUGUAACAGAGUGUCCGUGCUAGCAGUAGAGGAGUACGAAGAGCUUCAUGUAAACUUUGAACUGGAAAAGAACUUACGGAAGAAAGCAGAAUCAUUUGCCCAAGAGAUGUUUAUUGAACAAAACAAGAUGAAAAGGCAAAGCCAGCUGCUUCUGCAAAAUUCUGCUCCUGACCAGCAGCUUUUGAAGGCUUUAGAUGACAAUGCUAAGCUAACCCAUGCAUUAGAAGAAGAGAGGCUUCAACAUCAACAAAAGGUCAAAGAAUUAGAAGAGCAGCUAGAAAACCAAGCACUGCAGAAGGAGAUUAGUCGUCUUAAACAGCAGCUGGAACUCUUAGAAGAAGAUAAAAAGGAACUGGAGCUUAAGUGUCAGAACUCUGAAGAAAAAGCAAGGGACCUAAAGCAUACAGUUGAUGAACUUCAAAAACGAAUACACCAAUCUGAAAAUCCUGCACCUCCUCCUCCACCACCACCACCACCUCCUCUGCCUCCUCCUCCUCCUCCUAACCCCAUAAGGUCUCUCAUGUCAAUGAUUCGCAAGAGGUCUCACUCCAACACCAACGUGAGCAAGAAGGAGAAACCACCUCAGCAGGAGUCAGGUGAAGAAGUUACAGAUCUGAAGAGACAAGCUGUUGAAGAGAUGAUGGACAGAAUUAAGAAGGGAGUUCAUCUCAGACCAGUCAACCAGUCAAACAGACCUAAAACAAAGCCAGAAACACCAAAGCCCUCUGAAAGUGCAAUGAAGGAAUUAAAAGGGAUCCUGGAAACACUGAACAAAUCCACCAGUUCCCGAAGCUUGAAGUCCCUCGAAACAGACAGUGGUGAAACAGAGCUGGAACGAGUUCUGCGACGUCGGAAAGUGACUACUGACCAGGACAGUGGCAAUCCCACUGGAAUCUUGGCCACAUCAGAAUCCAAAUCUCUGCCUGUGUUAGGUUCAGAAGCCAGUGGUGUACAAACAGCAUUGAAGAAGAAAGAUUUGGAGACAGAAUUCAGUUCCAAAGUACCCGAUUCUGGUCCUGUUUCCAACCAGCUGAAAGGUGUCACAGAAUCCAAAGCUAUGUUACAAUCACUGAGUCAUAUGGAAUUUUCAAGAAAAGCUUCUACUAGUGAAAAAGAGACAGAAUCUGUUGUAGUGUUAGAUCCCGUGUCCACCAGUGGAGAUCAGAUGACUGCAGACACACUGAAUCAGAACAAAACAAAGGAAGAAAAAAGCAAGUCGCUGCAUAAAGAAAGUAAUGUUGAGAAAAUAAGAGAGACAGACAGUUCUAACUGUUAAUCCCCAUUCUGAAAGGCUGUAACUUUUGGGAGUCGUGUCGAUUGCUUAGGUGUGGUACUGGGGGCUACAGUCCAAACAUUCCAAACAGUUUUCAGUAAUACAGAUUGAAAUGGUCUUUUGUAUGCAGUUUUGUUAUGUGCAUUAGUGUUCAAUAAUUACAUAUCACUCAAAAUCCCUUUCCCUUUUUAGUUUUGCAGGUAUGAUUGAUAUUUCCUUAGAUAUGGACGGUUACCUUACUUUUCUUUAAACUGCAUUUGAAAAGGCUUUUUCAAUUAUUCCUUUAUUGAGAAGCUGCUCUGUUAAAGGUCCAGAAGCCCCUUGAGUCCCUGUUGACUUUGGGACAGAGCGGGUGACUGCACUCACCUCAGCUUUACUAUGGGGGUAUUUUGAUAAUUAAAAGAACAAAACAAAACAAUUUUUAGACACGUUGCUUUAAAAAUAUUUUGAUGUCUACUUUAAAAAGAAAAAGAUCUGUAGAUCUGCUCACAGCUGCCUCCAUGCAGGCCAUUUGGAUGACACUGAAAGCACAAAAUGUAACAUUUCUGUUCAAAUUUCCCCAGCAGACAGCAAGCCCAGAGAUGGAGGCAGCACAGCGUGCGGUUUUGGUACCUUCUGGUAAUGAUAGUCCAGAAGCCUGCAGACAGAGAGCGGUGCUGUCUUCUGGAUGAACACCUCUUCAAAUGAGGAUUUAUCUCCUGGUUUCUCUUUCAGUCUCAUGUAGCAGUUUGGUACAGAUGUAGCUGAAGUCUGCAUGUGCUGCUGCAGGAAUGAGUUAUCAUGGGCUUCUCGAAUUCCUGCAUUUGGGAUUCAGCCAUUCUGGGAUUGCAGUUCAUUUGGAGUCAACAGUUAGAGAACUCCCAGGUGAAACCCUGUAGCAUCAACAGAGAAUCCUUUGCUUUGGUCCUAACUCAGAGUGGGGCAUUCAGUUCUCUUGUAGGUAACGCUUUAGGUUUCUGUACUUGGUAACACAGCUCCCAGUUUCCCUCAGCCCUCAUUUCCUAUGAAGGUAGGCAGAGGGGUGCAGAGUUGAUUUGCUGCGCUGCCAGUUCACAUUCCACUGUAGCUUCUUUUAAAAUCUGACAGGGUAUUUCAUUCUGUUAUAAUGAACAAACAAAUGUAAUCAGGGAACAAAUGCAAACCUAAGGAAGAUCGGCGUAACUGAAAUGCCGUGGUCACGUACCUGAAUGCACUUGGGUUAUUUUUCAUUUAAUGAUUUGAAACAGUGAUAGUAUUGGAGGAUGACUGUUCUGAGUUUGUUAGUUUGGCUCUGCAUGCAACUGUCUGGUGCUUUUUCUCCAAAUAAAGUGAUAGUAGCGAGUGUGGUGGUUUGACAUCUCUUCUGGUGUUUUUGCAUGUUUGCUAAGAUAAUCUUGGAUUUGAUCUAAUUACUGACCUGUGUUUAAUUCCUAAGCCCGGGGAAAUUUGUCUCUCCUGAUUUGAUACUUUGCUUUCUGGAGGGUAGUGGUGGUUCUGGUGGUUAAUUUUUCACUUACGUAUCUGUUACACUGAAUACAAAAUGCAAUGUUUUAUAUGUGUAUUUUUCCUUGAAUUAUUACUGCUGUAUUAUAUAUGUUCAAAUUUUCAAAUUUAAAAAAGAAACAAGUUAAAAGAAAAAAAUACUUCUUUUAUGUGAACUCUUUGUUACCUACAAGAUAAUUUAUUUAUCUUUUCACUGUUGCUUAUUAAAAAGACUACUGACAAGUUU